CAAUAUUUGUUUAAAUAAUAAUUGUUAAAACUGUAUUUUAAACCUAUAAAAAAACCCGUGACGGUGAAAACAAGGUUUGCCGUUUGGCGAGACCCAAAUUUGGGUCUCAUGGAGCUCAGCGUGUUAAAUUAUUUGCUCCACGUUGAGUAUCACUGGAAUUUGAUUCGUAUCGCCUAUUGGCUGUUAAUAAUACAUGGAUUUAUUUGAAAUUCAAUCAAUUAUUUGUCAUUUGGUCAUUUUCUAAUUUCUUGGGCACUCUCGUAGACUAAGUUGAACGAGAAAUGAAUAAUUCUCAGUUUACACAAGAGCGUCCAUCACAACAAAAUGGUCAACACAAUACAUCAGCUAACUAUGUACCUUCUUAUAACCAGACCGAAGGACUGUUGAAUGAUCAGUUUUCACAACUGGGAUUUAAUAACGGACAAUCACAACCACCAGUUCAAAACAAUACUUUACCAAGUGUUAUGAGCAAUUUUUUAAGUGGAGCACAAGUAAAUACUCCACAAUCAUAUCCACAAGCCAAUUUUAAUGUUGAACUGACUAGGCCUCCUAAGCAAUUUUCUUCAUCAGUACCCUUUGUAGAAAGUUCUAAUCAAAAUGUACAUUCCUCAGAUAAUUUUCAAGACAAUACUAAAAAUAUAGUACCACCAUCUCCUUUUCCUGAAAAUAGUAUUCAAUCAAAUAUUCAUGAUGGAAUUAUUAAUCAAGAGUCGAGAGCUUUUUCUGUUGUUCCUCCUCAAUCUUCUCCUCAAAAACCAUAUUUAUGCAAUGUUCAACAACCAUAUUUGAUUGAAAAUGUUCCAUCCCAAUCAGAUUUAUCUACUCAAAAAUUUGAGUUUCAAUCUCAGCCAUUAAAUUAUCUACAACAACAAUCUAAAAUGUUACACCAACAGCCAGAUUUUCAGCCACAGUCUAAUUCAAUAACUCAAUCAAAUUUUUCAAGACAAUCUAAUGCCACACCACAGCAACCGGGUUUUCCACCACAAUCUAAUUUGAAACAGCAGCAACCAGGUUUUCCACUUCAACCUAGUUCAACAUUGCCGCAGUCAGGUUUUCCACCACAAACAAAUUUAAAAUCACAUCAGCCAGGUUUUCCACCACAACCUAAUUCGACAUCUCAGCAGCCAGGCUUUCACCCGCAAUCUAAUUCAUCAUUUCAGCAGUCAGGAUUUCCACUUCAACCCAAUUCAACUCUGCAGAAGCCAGGUUUCCCACCACAAUCAAAUUCAUCAACUCAGCAAUCAGGCUUUCCACCACAACUACAUUCCAUGUCACAGCAGUUAGUUUUUCCGCUGCAACCGAAUCCAAUACUGCAGCAGCCAGGCAUUUAUCAACAACCCAAUUUAAUAUCGCAGCAGUCCGGUUUUCCACUUCAACAGCUACAAUGUUUUCCUCCUCAGUUAGGAAGUUUACCAUCUCAACAAAUAGGGUUUCCUCCUCAGACAGGUAAUUUACCAUCACGACAAGCAGGCUACCCACCUCAACAGUCGGACUUAACAUCUCAACAACCACAACAGCCUGUGUAUUCACAGCAACAGAAUGAUUUUCAUUCUCAACCACCUGGGUAUCCAACUCAACAGCCAGGUUUUAAUCAAGGUACACCAGCUUAUAUGGGUCAGCCAGCUCCAAGUAGGAGAUUAGAUCCUGACCAAAUGCCAAGUCCAGUACAAGUUAUACAAGAUGACCAACUAAGUAAAAGUGGUUUAUUUUUAACUAAUCAAAGAGGUUUAGUACCCCCUUUGGUUACUACAGAUUUCACAGUGCAAGAUUCUGGUAAUGCAUCACCUAGAUUGAUAAGAUCAACUAUGUAUUGUGUACCUACCACAACGGACAUUAUAAAACAGACAUCUGUACCAUUUGGAUUAGUUAUCAGUCCAUUGGCAAAAAUGAAAUCAGAUGAAUAUCCUUUACCUAUUAUAAAUACUGGUGAAAUUGGACCAGUUAGAUGUAAGAGGUGUAGAGCUUACAUGAGUCCAUUUAUGCAGUUUAUUGAUGGUGGAAAACACUUUACUUGCCUUUUAUGUAAAGCUACAACAGAAGUACCAGUUGAAUAUUUCCAACACUUGGAUCAUACUGGUCAACGGCUUGACCGCUCUGAAAGGCCUGAAUUAGGUUUUGGAUCAUAUGAAUUUAUCGUUCCAAAAGAAUAUUGUAGUAAAGAAAUGCAACCAAAACCUCCUGCAUAUAUAUUUGUAAUAGAUGUUUCUUAUAAUAAUAUAAAAUCUGGACUUGUUAAACUCAUAUGUGUGUUCAUGAAAGAAUUAUUAACUCAAUUACCAACAGAGUUGGGAAAUGAAAAAAGUAAAAUACGUGUUGGUUUUAUAACUUAUGAUACAACUGUUCAUUUUUAUAAUUUAAAGGAAACAUUAGUUGUUCCUCAGAUGAUGAUUAUUGGUGACACUUCAGAAGUUUUUAUGCCAUUGUUAGAUGGGUUCUUAUGUGAUCCAGAACAAUCAUCUCAAGUUAUCGAUGCACUUAUGGAACAAAUUCCCACUCAUUUCAAUGAAACAAGAAUCACUGAAACUAUUCUUCUACCAGCAAUAAAAGCAGGAAUGGAAGCAUUGAAGAAUGCCGAUUGUUGUGGUAAAUUAUUUGUAUUUCAUUCAUCCUUACCAAUAGCAGAAGCUCCGGGUAAACUUAAGAAUAGGGAAGAUCGAAAAUUACUUGCCACCGAUAAAGAAAAAACUAUGUUGAACCCGCAAACAAAUGUGUAUAAAAAAUUAGGAGAGGAGUGUGUUCAAGUUGGAUGUAGUGUUGAUCUAUUCAUCACUAAUAAUUCUUUUAUAGAUUUACCUACAAUUGGUCAAAUUUCUAAAAUUAGUGGUGGUGAAAUUUUCAAAUACACAUAUUUCCAAGCUGAAGUUGAUGGUCAACGAUUCUUGUCUGAUUUAAAACAUGACAUUAGCCGGCCAACUGUUUUUGAUGCUGUAAUGCGAGUACGAACAUCUACUGGUACUCGUCCAACUGAUUUCUAUGGGCAUUUUUUUAUGUCAAAUUCUACCGAUGUUGAGUUAGCUGCAAUUGAUUGUGAUAAGGCUAUUGCAAUUGAAGUAAAAUAUGAUGAUAAGCUUGAUGAACAAGAUGGAGUACUAGUACAAACAGCCAUGUUAUACACGUCAUGUAGUGGACAGAGACGUGUGCGUAUAUUAAAUCUAUCAUUACGUUGUAGUGGACAAAUGGGUGAAUUAUAUCGUAGUUGUGACUUAGAUACAAUAAUGAAUUUCUUUGGAAAACAAGUUAUGUAUAAAAUAUUGGAAAGUUCUGGACGACAAGUAAAGGAAGCAAUUACUAAUAAAACUGCUCAAAUACUAGCUACUUAUAGAAAGCAUUGUGCACCACCAUCUUCAGCCGGUCAACUUAUAUUGCCUGAAUGCUUAAAACUUAUGCCUCUAUACAUUAAUUGUUUAAUUAAAUGUGAUGCAAUGUCUGGUGGUCCUGAUCUGACUGUUGACGAUCGUUGGUUUAACAUGCAUCUGGUUAUCACUGCGAAUAUACCUACAACAUUAGGUUAUUUCUAUCCACGUCUGAUUCCUCUUCAUACACUUGCCAGUGAAAAUGUCUUAGAUGAUGUUUUAAUACCUGAUCAAAUGAGGUGUUCCAUUGAAAACUUUGUAAAAAAUGGAGCUUAUAUUUUAGAAAAUGGUUUAUUUAUGUUUUUGUGGCUUGGUAUGGGUCUAAGUCAAACAUUUUUGUCAGAUGUGUUUGGUGUUCAGAACAUAACAUAUUAUGUUAAUACUGAACAUUCUGCCAUUCCUGUGUUGGAUAAUCCACUCAACAAAGCUAUUCGUCAGGUGUUAUCUAAAAUUCAAAAAGAACGAAGCCACACAAUGAGACUGGCAAUUAUAAGACAAAAAGAUAAAAUUGAAACUGUUAUGAGGCAUUUCUUAGUUGAAGAUCAUGGCAUCGAUAAUAGUCCUUCUUAUGUAGAAUUUUUGUGUCACAUACAUAAGAAAAUUCGCAAUUUGCUUAGUUAGCACACACAGAAAUGGACCGACGAAGAUUUCAGUGUCUGUGCAGGGUAUACGCGCGUGAAAUGUGCGCGCAACACUUUUGGGGAUUUCCACUUUACCACCCGCUGGACGGAAAAAAGGACGCUUGCCAACGCUUCAACUGCUAUCGAAAACCAAACUUACGGUGCAGGCGUGACAAAAAUUAUUUUACGAAUUUAUCAUAUUAUUUACAAAAAUGUUUUAAAGUAUUCUAUGCAAAAUAUCAAGAAAUUGAGGGAUUUCUUAAAAUAAAAUCUUAUCUGAGUUACCACAAUACCACAAUACAAAAACCAGAAAUAUUCCGUGGUUUUCAUUAUUUUUUUUUUCACAUAACGUAUGUGAUUAAUAUUUGAAAUGAGUAAAGAACGCUACACACUGCAGCGGUGGCGGUUAAAUAAUAAAUUCUUUUGUCCUGGCGGUGCGGCCGCGGUGGCGGUAAAAUUGUGUCCGAAAUUCCGGACUCGUUUUGCCGUAACCGCCACCUGCACCGCCGCGCUGUGUGGGGACCUUUAAGAUAAGUACCGGGUAUAUAGGCACUCGCUUGUAUAAAAUGUCUUCUGCCAUUUUCAUGUUGUAAAAGAAACGAUGGGCGUCGCUACCGUCAAUCACCGAAUAAUUGAUUGUCGAGCUUAUUGUUAUAAGGACUGCACCGGUGUCUGUACAUUAUGUGACAAGUAGUACAAUACGGGCAAAUUGUUAAAUAAUGUAAUUAAUUUAACACCGUGUAAUUACAGUGUACGCGUACACACGCACGAUGGAUGUAUAAUCGAGAAACAUAUUAUUACAUAGCUCACUUGCAUCAUUUCCACCGUCAGAAAUGCUGCCAAAUUUGCAGUGAACGUGACCAACACGAUGACUACGAAAACCCGAUUCGCGGCCACCAAGACGCGACCGCUGAUCGACUUUGGCGUUUCUCCUCAUCCUUGUGGAGUAAAUGACGUCAAUGUGAACCAAAAGCUCUCGACGAGUGUAAAAUGUCUACUCGCAG